AAAUAAUCCAACUGUUUAAAUGUAUUCAUAUACUAUUCAAAGUAAACAAACAACAUGUACAUUAUAAGUAAUCAGAAUAUGUAAAGUAAUGAAUCUAAAUAUAAAGGAUUUAAUUAUGAAUUCUAUAAUUUCUAAUGAAACAUGGAAUUCAUCUAUUUGGAAUCAAUCACAAAUUUUAUCCUCAUUAUCAUCAUCAUCUCCACCAUUAUUAUCACCAUCAUCUUUUUUAGUAGUUACACAAGUUGAUGUUACAGAUUUACAAGUAUAUGUAAUACUUAAACAUUAUUUACCAAUUCCAAUAUUUAUUGUUAGUAUAUUAUGUAUAUUAGUCACACUGAUUGCAGUUACACAACGUGGUCUAUGGCGAACUACAGUUACAUAUAUUAUUGUAUUAGCUAUUGUUGAUUUAUUUACAUUAAUAUCAUUAUGUAUAUUAUCAAUGGAUUUUUUUAUUAUACCAGCUUUACCUGAAGGAUUAUUUACAAGAGUUUAUUUUUUAAUUGAAACAAUAUUAGGUGAAUUGGUGGAUACAUUAUUAUUAAUAUCCAAUUGGUUAACUGUACUUAUAGCUACAGAACGUUAUCUUGCUGUAUGUCAUCCAUUAAAAGUACGUUUUAUUGAUUGUAAAUAUCGACGUAUUUUUAUUAUACUUGUUAUUCUAUCAAGUAUAUUAAUUAAAUUACCUGGAUUUAUUAUAUUGGGUUAUGCAAAAGAGAUUAAUUCAUCAUAUACUAUUAUAAUAUUUAGAAAAAUUUAUAUAUGGAUAGUACAAAUUUUAUUAUUUUUAAUAAUACCAUUUAGUAUAUUAACUUUUGUAAAUAUACGUCUGAUACAAACUGUACGUAAUUCAUUACAAUUAAUUAAUCAACGAUGUAAGAAAAUAAAUAAAGAAUCCAUUCUAUCAUCGAGUUCUAAUCAAAGUGAUCCUGGAAUAAUACGUAGAAUGACAUCAUGUUAUCCAUGUUUAUCAUGUUGUAUUUCAUCUAAUUCAAACAAGAUUUAUUCAUUUCAUCAAUGUUCUGAUUCAUUACUUAAAAUAGUUUGUUGUGAUUGUUUUAAUUUAUCAACAAAACCGGUAAAUAAUUGUCAACUGCAACAUAAUCAACAACAACAACAACAGCAACAACAAUUGAAUGAAUCAAAAAGAAUAUUCAAGAAAAAUGAAUUAAUUCAAAUGAAUGAUUCAUCACCUGUAACAAGUCCAACAAGUUUAACAGCAAGUGAACCAACAGGUGCUCAAUUAGGACGUACUCAAAGAGAAGAGAAAAAGAUUACAAUUACAUUAAUUUGUUUAAUUGUAACAUUUUUCAUUUGUCAAGGACCAUUUGUAUUAACAACUGUAAUUAUGCGUUUUAGUAGUACAGGAUUCUAUUUAUCAGAUACAAAUAAAAUUAUUAAUAAUACUUUAUUAUUAUGUAAUACAUUUACAGAUCAAAAUCAUAUAGAAACAAUAACACCAAAUAAACCAUUUGGUUUUGUUGAUUAUAUUAAUCCUAUUUCUGUAAUUGCUUUAGCUUUAAAAAGUGAUUUAUCAUUUUUCUUUUAUUGUUGGUUUUGUGAUCGAUUUUUGUUAGCAUUAAAAAAAAUAACACGUCAUAAAUGUUGGCCAAAAUUGAAAAGACAUAAUUUUUAUAAUUUUCAUCAUCAUCGUCAUCGACAUCUUCAUAGUCAUCACCAUCAUCAUCAUCAUCAUUGUUAUCAAAAAUGUAGUAGUCAUCCACAUUUACAAAAAUUAACUAAAUCUCAUCAAAUUGAACAAAAAAAUAAUAUUGAAUUAAAUAUGCCAUCAAGUGGUAGUCUACCAGCUGAAUAUCGUUUACCUCAUCAUCAUUAUAAAGAUGGUGGUGAAUAUUAUCAAUAUCGUAUACCUGUUGAUAUGGUUACUAAUCAACAUAAAAUUAUAACAUAUAAAAAACCUGCACCUUUACCAUUUAAUUUAUCUAAACAUAAUAAAAUGAAAAAGAAAUCUGUAAUUAGUUUACCAAUGAAUGUAAAAAUUUCAUGGUCAUCUCCAAGUUGUUCAGAUAAUUCUUACAAAUGUUCAUCAUCACCAAAAAAGAAAUGUACUUCCUCAGUUGGUUGUUCAAAAAAAUGAAAAAAAAAAAUUUUUGUAAAUAAUAUCAAAAUAAACAGAUCGAUAAAAUGAUAAUUUUUGUGAUCGCUUAAGUUUUUCAUGUUUAUUUUUUUGUUUACAUAUAUGUACAUACCUAUUUAUAAUCACAAAAUGUUCAUAAAAAUGUCUUUUGUUUAUGUAUUGAUUAUAUCACAAAUGAUUGUUGACGAUAAUUAUUGUGAGUGGAUCGAUUACUGAAAAUGAUUUUAAUUUAUCUCGUGAAGAUUUUAUAGUUAACAGUUUGAUUGACACAUUCGUUCCGGUUGUAUUAUGUUUUCUAAUGUGAAUGACUAAUCUACGAAGCUUUUAAUGCCGUCCUGAACAAAAUCACAACCUUAUACUAUACUUGGAAUUGAUCUGUUUAUUUAAUCUAAAGUGUUAAAUAAGUUUGUUCUGGUGACCUUAUCAAUGAAUAGCUAUUUGCCAAGGUUUCAUCAACUUUAUUCAUUUAUGUAUUCUUAUUGAGCAGUUUGUUUUAUUGAUUGACCUUUUUCGUAUAGCACCAUAACUAGGGUCUCUAUUGAUAUUCUAGACUGAAAAUUAAUCUAAAUCUCAAGCUUCGAGAAAAUUUUUGUCAUUCUUUAAAUCUCCUCUCUCCAGAAUUUUGGUUGAUUGUAACGCUUGAAUAAAAAGAGAGGCGAAACAUAUGAAAAGUAUUCAUAAAUUUAGUUGUCUAUUAACAAUAAAUUAUAAUAGAAUUCAUCUGAAUAAUUAUAGUAAUCAUUAGUUAGUACAAAUGAGAUCAUUAUUUACCAUAGUAACCUUUAUCUAAACUCUUUAAUAUAAUAAUAAUUAUUAAUUAUUAUUAUUAUAUUUCACAUAUGGAUAGCUGUUUUAUACAGUAAGAUGAAAACUAAAUUUCAGUUUAUACUAUAAAGUAACAUUUUACUAUAAGUAAAUGAUUUUCUUACGUCAAAAACUUGUUAUUUGAUUGAUCAUUGAUUAAGUUUUCUAAAUUUUAAACGAAUUUUUAAACUGAAUAGUAUGAUGACGUCCACAGUGUUAAACAAAUGAAUGAGUCUAGUUUACGAGAGUUAUGGAAUGUACUUAAUUACCGUUAAGAGGUACUAUUUAUUAGUUAUUUUGUGGUGUGUGUUACUUAUAUCCACACAAGUAGUAU